AUGACGGAGGUGCCGCUGACGACCGCGGAGAUCAGCGAGCAGGUCAAGCGUCGGCAGAAGCCCGUGAAUCAGGGGUACUCGCUCGAUGCCUACUUCGCCGUCGCGGACAGCACCGGCGUCACGGCUAAGAUCUACAGGGACGAGGGCAACCACCAGGAGCUCUUCCGCGUCCUCAUGGCCUUCUGCUCCCUCGUGGUGGAGACCAUGGGCAAGCACAGAGACCGGGGCGCGGCCGGACACAAGGCGCGAUACGCAGCGUACCUCGCCGAGGUGAAGAACUGCAUGGAGGAGAUGGAGGCGAUCAAACCGGGAAUAAACGCGGAGGCGAGGGCGUUCAGGGAGCGCAUGGAAUCAGGGAACGCGGACGGCGCGCCGCCGGUAACGCGGCCGCCGCCCGUGGGUGGCGCCGUGGACGUUCGCGCGUCCGUACAAUUGGACGGAGGAGUCCAUUCGACCGCGAUGAACGACGACGAACGACGACGGCCCGCACCCGCGUCUUCGAUGAACGCGGUCGACGACUUGCUGUCGGCGUCGCCGGAGGAGCUCGCCGCCGCAUCCGCCGCAUCCCUCGAGACGCUCGCGCUCGUGGGGGCCCCGCGCGAGGGGCAGAGCACGCACAGCUGUGCGUCAUUCGAGGCGAGGUAUCGACCCAACGCGGAGUUUGCGGCCGCGGCGUCGAACGAUUCGGCGGCGAGGCACUCGCUGCUCGGGACGUCCCUGCCGCCGCCCGCGAGGACACGUGUUGGGGCGACGGUUCAUGUUCCGUCGAUUCACGUUCCGUCGUCGUCGGUUACGUCGUCUGGGACGGAGAGGUAUCCGACGGUGUCGAACACAAAGACGGCUGUGCCCCAGACGACGGCGAACCUCUCCGUCCCUCCGCCGCCGCCGCCCGGCCCACCGCCGACGGUACCCAGCGCACCGCCGAUGGCACCCACGUCGGCACCCACGUCGGCACACGCGUCGGCACCAACCGUGUCCGUCCCUCGAGGACAACCCCCGCCGCCGCCGGGGCCGCCGCCGGCGGGUGUACCGUCGCAACACGCGCAUUUCGUCGCCACCGCGGCGUCGCGGGAGCUCGCGCCGAAGCGCAUACUCUCCGUCCCGACCCCGACGUUCGCGUCGAAGGACCACGACAGGUUGGACAACAGGUUGGCGGCGUACGGGCUGAAGGAGAAGAAGGUGCGGGGCGACGGGAACUGCCAGUUUCGCGCGCUGGCGGAUCAGCUCUUUGGCGAUCAGGAGCGACACGCGGAGUGCAGGGCGGUUGUGAUGAAUCAGCUCCGUGCCGAGAGCGAGCACUACGCGGUGUUCGUGCCCGAGGAUUGGGGGGCGUACGUGAGCGAGAUGUCGAGGGACAGCGCGUGGGGAGAUCACAUCACGCUGCAGGCGGCGGCGGAUGCGUACGGCGUGGGCAUGUGCGUCAUAUCGAGCUACAAGGACAACUUCGUCAUCGAGAUAUCGCCGAGGGUGCGACGGAGCGAGCGAAUCUUGUGGAUAUCGUUCUGGGCCGAGGUGCACUACAACUCCAUAUACACCGCGGACGCAGUCGUGUGAGCGGCUCGAGACGAACGGCGGGUGUGUAUCGAAGGUGGGUUUCGCAGUUGACGGGGUUGUUUUGGACCCUCGUAAAUAUGAUAGCGUUGAAACACACUCGUUUAAACAAAGCGUCGAAAC